GACAACAACAACAUCAGCGCAGCAAGUUGUUUUGUCAAAUUUAUUAAUUGGCCACGGCACAGCAACCUGCCCUGACACGUAUGUGAUUUUUUUGUAAUUUUCUACUUGCGAUAUCUGUGGGUGCGACCGCGUGAAAGUGUACCAUUUUUGUGUUGUUCCGGUGAAAAAGAAGCCACCAUUAUCAUGACUCCGAAACUGAAAAUUUCGGAGCUUCUGCUGCAGCGCAUCGCCCAGGUGAAAGGUCAAUGCAGUGGGGAGUUGUUCGGAAUUAUGUGUCGCGGCACCCUUACCGUACUGAGUUACAUUCUGGAGAACAACGAACAGGAAACGGAUAAGAAUCUGAACUACAGUAAGGUUCAGAACAAUUUUCCCACGGAAGUUGAUCUGUGUGGGUUGAUCAAAUUUGGUCCUUGUAGCGAUGCUGAGGCUCAUUUGAGCGAGAUCCUACAGGAUGUGGAUAUCACUGAUAAUCCGGUUCUGUUGAAUUGCGAAAUCGGUGGAACCGUUAAGGCUUCUCUGUUCAAGAACGGCCAGAUGGAGGUCAUAGAGUAUGAGGUGGCCAGUGAGGCGGAUUUGCUGCGGGAGUUCAUGUUCUUGAGAUUGCAGUGCGGAUUGGAGCUGUGCUGCGAGCUGAAUGAAAAAUCGAUUUCAGACAACGCUUUCCGAUUGCGCAAACGAUUGGCUUCCGGAAAUGUGGCAUUUCGGGUGGCCAACUCUGGAGUCAUAAUGAGCGGAGGAUCCAGUGGGAGUCAGGUGAUGGGCUUGGGUUCCGAAGAUACGAUGGAAGCCCUCCAAAGUUUAACAGUUAAGACGACUGAAGAUGAUGGAUUUGGCUCGAAAGGAUCCAAGAAAAAAACCAGUGCUAUUCCAGUUCCAACUGAAUACCAGAUUAUUGAUGUAGAUAUGCUCGUUAAGAAAUCUAAAGAUCCGCAAGACGAUAAACUCUUCAGAGAAGCUUGUAAUGUAACAAUUGACAGCAAAAAUGGAUGUGGUUUGGUGAAAAUUCCGCUACAAGUAGAUUUCCUUAGUAUGCUCCAUCGAGAAACGAAAGUAAAUUUAUGCUAUGAUAUUCUGGUGGAAAGCGUUUGUCGUUCUUUGCGGUUGUUGGAAAGUAGCUUUUUAGAGCAGUACAGCGCCCUUGGCCAGGUUUACGUUUCCAAGUGCUAUCAUACGCUUCCCGAAGGCUUGGGUCAUUUCAUAACUGUUGUGUAUCCUGCCGGAGACGAUGUUAAAGAAGAAGACACUUUUCUUCUUGAAAAAAGGAAGUCCCUUCAUCAACAGUUUGGACUGUCCCUUAUUCGCCCGUACUUCCGCAAGUCGAACUCGUACAGAUUCCGAGAGGAAGGAAGCAAGCUGCUCUUCAAUGUCCACACAGGAGUCAAACGUCAACUGGAAGACGGUCAACUUUCUCUGGUAAAAGGGCGCUACAGCUACCAUCACUAUAUGCAGGAUUCGUUCAACGACGAUGGAUGGGGUUGUGCCUAUCGAUCGCUUCAAACGCUGAUUUCCUGGUUCAUCUAUCAGGGCUACGCGGACGUUAAAAUCCCAACCCAUACCGACAUCCAGAAGUAUCUGGUCCGGGUGGGCGAUAAACCGAGCAGCUUUGCCGGUUCGCGGCAGUGGAUCGGCUCUACCGAGGUCUCCAUGUGCAUGAAUGAAUUCGUUAAAGUCGAUUGUAAGAUAAUGCAUGUCAGCUCCGGGUCAGAUUUGGGUAUGAAAGGGUCCGAAUUGGCGUAUCAUUUCAUGACUCAGGGGACACCGGUCAUGAUUGGGGGAGGAGUUCUGGCUCAUACCAUCCUGGGAGUAGAUUUCGAUCGCAACACCGGAGAUUUGAAGUUUCUGAUCCUGGAUCCUCACUAUACAGGGGCUGAUGAAAUCGGCACGAUUUUGGCCAAGGGUUGGUGUGGCUGGAAGGGGGUAGAUUUUUGGGAUAAGAAGGCGUACUAUAACCUGUGUUUACCGCAACGCCCAGUUUUCUUUUAGAUGUUCUUUGUUAUGCCUACAUGUUUAUGAAAAAAGAAACUUUGAUUUAUA